AUGACGCCUGUUCCAUACCAGUCUCUCCCAGAGGAUCUCCGCAGAUUCGAAGAGGCUUGCUACGCUCCCGACGGCACGCUGGUGCGCUUCGGUGACCCCUACGUGGACGACCUGAGGGAGCAGGUUCGCCAGGGCGAAAAUGGAACCUCCACCGUGGAUCUGUACCUCCUCAAUCCGACGCUCAGUUGGGCAGAUGCUCAUUUCAUCGUCUUGGUGUGCGCCGCUCUCUGCUCUCUGCGCCUGUUCGUCAGUGGGGCGAUGCUGCCGGCCUGGAGGCCGCGCUUCAGCGUCUUCAAAUAUUUCGGCCAGAAGGCGGACAUUGUGAAACCUGGGAAGCUCUGCAAAUUCGCGGAGAAUCUCUGGUACGCCCUGUGGCACACAAUCUCCUUCUCGUGGGGCGUAUGGGUAAUCGUCCAGGAGGCAGGAACUCCGGAAGCCCCGGGUUGGAGUCGCAUGAUGUUUCAGCAUCCUGAAGGCCGUUGGUUUUGGAUCACCACCGAGGCCGAGUACGCGCUGGGGUCCAUCGGCUGGCCUCUGUUGCUCCCCUCUGUCGCACUGCGGCAUUACUACUUGACACAGAUCGCCUUCUGGAUCUCCUGUGCUGUCUUCCUCCGCAUCGAGACCCGGCGCUCCGACCACGUCGUGUUUAUCAUGCACCACGCAAGCACAGUCUGCCUCGUUGGCCUCUCCUACGCGUGCUCCUAUUGGCGAAUUGGGCUGGUCAUCCUCAUCCUCCAUGACUGGGUGGACGUCCUGCUGUACUGGAGCAAGUCUGUGCAGUACUGCUACGUUCCCUCCCUCGUCGUCGAAUGCGGCUUUGUUUUUUUCGUCGUUUCCUACCUGGUAGCUCGCCUCCUCCUCUUCCCCUUCUACUGCGUCUGGCCCGCGAUCGAUUCUUCCUACACGAACCGCCUCACCAACGGCCGCCUCAAGAACCGCUUCGGCUUUCCCGGAGGCGUCCUCCUCCCGUGUCUUCUCUGCGUCCUUGUCGGUCUGCACGUGUAUUGGUUCGGCCUUAUCCUGCGCAUGGUGGCCAGAUUUCUCAACGAAAAAGGCAGCGAUUACCAAGCGAAAGCGGAAAUGAGGCUGCUCGUCUUUCUUCUCAACUUGACACUGUCAAAGAACCCGCUGGGGAAGGGCUGUUUCACGCCGCAACGCCUGCGGAACUCCUCGCACCUGCCGCCAUGA